GCUCCAGUCGGCUCCGGGCGGCCCCGCGCCGCAGCCCGCGCCGAGUCCGCGGCGGAGCCGCUCAGGUGCGCAGGAGGAUGCUGGCACGGCCCUAGGCCCAGGCUCCGCAUCAUGACCUGCUGGCUGCACCUGCUGAGCCUGCGCUUGCUGCUGCUGCUGCCCGCCGCGCCGCCCCCGGCCGCCGGCUGCCCGGCCCGCUGCGAGUGCGCCCCGCAGAGCCGCGCUGUGGCGUGCGCGCGCCGCCGCCUCACCGCCGUGCCCGAGGGCAUCCCCGCCGAGACGCGCGUGCUGGGCCUGAGCCGCAACCGCAUCCGCUGCCUGAACCCGGGUGACCUGGCCGCGCUGCCCGCCCUGGAGGAGCUGGACCUCAGCCUCAACGUGAUCGCGCACGUGGAGCCGGGCGCCUUCGCCAACCUGCCACGCUUACGCGUGCUGCGCCUGCGCGGCAACCAGCUCAAGCUCAUCCCGCCCGGCGUGUUCACGCGCCUGGACAACCUCACGCUGCUGGACCUGAGCGAGAACAAGUUGGUGAUCCUACUGGACUACACGUUCCAGGACCUGCGCAGCCUGCGCAGGCUCGAGGUGGGCGACAACCACCUGGUGUUUAUCUCGCGUCGCGCCUUCGCGGGGCUGCUGGCGCUGGAGGAGCUGACCCUGGAGCGUUGCAACCUCACGGCGCUGUCGGCAGAGGCGCUUGGCCACCUGCGCGGCCUGGGCGCCCUGCGCCUGCGCCACCUGGCCAUCGCUGCCCUGGAGGACCACAACUUCCAGAGACUGCCGGGCCUGCUGCACCUGGAGAUCGACAACUGGCCGCUGCUGGAGGAGGUGGCCGCGGGCAGCCUGCACGGCCUCAACCUCACCUCUCUGUCCGUCACGCACACCAACAUCACCCGCGUGCCGGCCGCCGCGCUGCGUCACCAGGUGCACCUCACCUGCCUCAACCUGUCGCACAACCCCAUCAGCGCCGUGCCGCGCGGCUCCUUCCGCGACCUGGUGCGCCUGCGCGAGCUGCACCUGGCGGGCGCGCUGCUGGCCGUGGUGGAGCCGCAGGCCUUCGUGGGUUUGCGCCAGAUCCGCUUGCUCAACCUCUCCAACAACCUGCUGUCCACGCUGGAGGAGAGCACGUUCCACUCGGUGAACACGCUGGAGACGCUGCGCGUGGACGGCAACCCGCUGGCCUGCGACUGCCGCCUGCUGUGGAUCGUGCAGCGCCGCAAGACGCUCAACUUCGACGGCCGCCUGCCCGCCUGCGCCACGCCGGCCGAGGUGCGCGGCGACGCGCUGCGCAGCCUGCCCGACGCCGAGCUCUUUGAGUACUUCGUGUGCCACAAGCCCAAGAUCCGCGAGCGACGGCUGCAGCGCGUCACGGCUGCGGCGGGCGAGCGCGUGCGCUUCGCGUGCCGCGCCGAGGGCGAACCGACGCCCACCGUGGCCUGGGUGACACCACAGCACCGGGUGGUGACGGCGCGCAGUGUGGGCCGGGUGCGCCUGCUGCCCGGGGGCACACUGGAGCUGACCGACGUGCGGCCGCAGGACAGUGGCACCUACACGUGCGUGGCCAGCAACGCGGGCGGCAACGACACCUACUUUGCCACACUGGACGUGCAGCCGGAGCCGACCGCCAACAGCAGCCUGGGCAAGGGUGCCAACGAGACGCAGGCGUUGGCGGCGCGCUUCCCGCUGGACCUCACCACCAUCCUGGUGUCCACCGCCAUGGGCUGCAUCACCUUCCUGGGCGUCGUCCUCUUCUGCUUUCUGCUGCUCUUUGCUUGGAGCCGCGGCCGCGGCCAGCACAAAAACAACUUCUCCGUGGAGUACUCCUUCCGUAAGGUGGAUGGCCCCGCCGCCGCUGCGGGCCAGGGCGGCGCCCGCAAGUUCAACAUGAAGAUGAUCUGAGGGGCCCCGCAGGGCGGUCCUCGCGCUCCCCACCCCCCCCCCGCGG